ACUCAAUCCUGGAGAUGCUUGGGCAGGGGGCAGACGUCAGUGGAAGCUCAAGACGUGUCUUCGGUAGUGGAAGAUUCUUCAACCAGUCAUGUCAACCGAUACAGAUGUUUCUCUGUCUUCAUAUGAUGAAGAUCAGGGAUCUAAACUUAUCCGAAAAGCUAAAGAGGCACCAUUUGUCCCGAUUGGGAUGGCAGGUUUUGCAGCAAUUGUUGCAUAUGGAUUAUACAAAUUGAAGAGCAGGGGAAAUACUAAAAUGUCCGUUCACCUGAUUCACAUGCGUGUGGCAGCCCAAGGAUUUGUUGUGGGAGCAAUGACUCUUGGUAUGGGCUAUUCCUUGUAUCGGGAAUACUGGGCAAAACCUAAACUUUAGAAGAAGAGGUGCUGUCGUGCUAUCUUGGUGUUGAUGGUAUUUGUUUUAUUUAAACACCUCAAAUUAAGGUUACACAUAUAUGCUGAAAAUAAAACAUUUGAGUAGGUUCAGAUAACAACAUGGUA